AUGCAUAUCAAAGACAAGCUCGCGGAGGCCGAACGGUCAAGGAAGCCCGUCUUCUCUUUCGAAUUCUUUCCUCCUAAAACAGCCUUGGGUGUCCAGAAUCUCUAUGACCGCAUGGACCGCAUGCAUGACCUUGGCCCUGCUUUUAUCGAUGUGACCUGGGGUGCUGGAGGCAGUCGGUCGGACCUGACGUGUGAAAUGGUCAAUACUGCACAGACCAUCUAUGGCUUAGAAACUUGCAUGCACUUGACCUGCACCGACAUGGAGAAGCAGAAGGUGGAUGAUGCUUUAAAGUCAGCCUAUUCCGCUGGAUGCUCCAACAUACUUGCACUACGAGGAGACCCUCCAAGAGAAAAUGAGAAGUGGCAGGCGGUGGAAGGUGGCUUCCGAUAUGCCCGGGAUUUGGUCGAAUACAUCAAGGCCAGAUAUGGAGACCACUUUGACAUAGGUGUUGCUGGCUACCCGGAGGGCUGCGACGACCAGCAGGAUCAAGAGAUACUACUGGAACAUCUAAAAGAGAAGGUCGACGCUGGAGGAACGUUUAUUGUGACACAGAUGUUUUACGAUGUAGACAUUUUCCUGUCCUGGGUAGAGAAGGUCAGGGCGCGCGGUAUCUCCGUUCCAAUUGUCCCCGGUAUCAUGCCUAUACAGACUCAUGCGGCAUUUCUGAGGCGCGCGGCUUGGUCAAAAUGCCAUAUACCACAGAAGUGGGCCGAUGCCCUAGAACCUAUAAAGAACGAUGAUGCGCAAGUACGAGAGGUUGGGAAGGGGCUGGUUGCUGAAAUGUGCCGCAAGAUUAUUGAUGCUGGUAUCAUGCAGCUGCACUUCUACACUAUGAAUCUCGCCCAAGCUACGCGAAUGGUUUUGGAAGAGUUGGAUUUAGUACCAAAAGAUGGAACGCCAAACACGAGGAUUCUACCAUGGCGGCAGUCCCUGGGCCUCAAUCGCAGAGAAGAAGACGUUCGACCUAUCUUCUGGAAAAAUAGGAACAAGUCUUACGUCGCUCGAACCCAGGAUUGGGAUGAAUUUCCCAAUGGUCGUUGGGGCGACGCUCGAUCACCAGCUUUUGGAGAAUUAGAUGCAUAUGACAUUGGUCUCAAGGGGACAAAUGAGCAGAAUGUAAAAUUGUGGGGCAAGCCUGAGUCGGUCAGAGAUGUGGCCAACAUCUUCAUACGGUUCUUGGAGGGGAACCUCCAGAGUCUCCCAUGGAGCGAGGCUCCAAUAACGAGUGAAGCAGAAGCCAUCAGACCUGAGCUUAUCAAUCUGAAUAGGAGAGGACUGCUCACUAUUACCUCCCAACCGUCGGUCAAUGGCGUCAAAUCCACCCAUCCUGUGCAUGGAUGGGGCCCUAAAGGGGGCUACGUUUACCAGAAGACUUACGUCGAACUCCUCAUCUCACCACAGCUAAUUCCAGAGCUCAUUGCUCGUAUUGAGCGAAGCUCUACUAUGACAUACUACGCUGUCACUAAGGGUGGAGAUCUGAGCACCAACGCCCCAAGUGAGGGUCCAAACGCCGUUACAUGGGGUGUCUUCCCAGGAAAAGAGAUUGUGCAACCCACAAUCGUUGAGACCAUUAGCUUCUUAGCAUGGAAAGAUGAAGCAUACCACCUUGGUGCCGACUGGGCCAAAUGUUACGCUGCUUCGAGCCCAAGCCGACAGCUUAUCGAUAAAAUUAUGGAUACGUGGUAUCUCAUCAACAUUGUUGAUAAUGACUUCCAUCAAACCCAUGCCAUAUUCUCCUUGUUCGAAGGCCUCGAGGUCGAAGACCUGGACAAGCCCUCGGUGAACGGCCACCAAUCGAAUGAUCACUGUCCCACCGCCAAUGGAGCACCCAUAGAGGUGCAUAAUUAA